AUGGCGAUCAACUUCAAUAAGCUUUUUCUUCAGAACCUCUUGCCAAAGGCCCAGUCUGCCGCUCAUACACAGGUCUCCUCUUUUGGCAGUUCAGAGGGUGUUUUUGAGAAUGCCACAGCGUUAGAUUACGUUGGUGUUGACGAGCUGGAUUACUCUAUGGACGCCGAGGAUCAGCGAGAAAGGGAGACGGAGCGGUUGUCUCAGACACUGGAGAUUCUCAGGCAGCUGAUUGACUGCCAUAACAGAAGGCGGGUCGCAGUAAAAGAUUCAUCGGGAUCUCAACUCGCUCCGCCCUUUCAGCAAACUCCUACGAACUCCCAUAUAGAACACCAUCCAAGACACAGGAGGAACACACUGAGUCACCAGCCCUAUCAAGUCGACGCAGCACCAGCCUGCAAAGACUUUUCAGUGCACAAUGCGUCCCGAGCGAAUGAGAGGAUGUCUAAAAAAUCAGAAAAGGUAACAGUGGAGGUGCGAGUGGUCUUUCUGAAAAUUGGUGAAAUCGACACUCUUAAGGAAAUGUUUCGAGCGGACGCCUUUAUUCAAACUAAAUGGCCGGAACCUCGACUCAAUGGGAAAUCCGAUGAGGAGCUGGCUAAAAUAGACCUUUCCAGAUGUUGGAAUCCACUAGUCUACAUUGAAAACAUUCUUACUGAAUCUAAAGAUCAGCACUGGAUGUUUGCGAAAGCCGAUGAUGAUGGACAAGUAGUCGUGACUGAAAGGAGACGUCUCCGAGCCAUCUUUCUCGAAACCCUGGAACUUAACGACUUUCCUUUGGACGUGCAGGAAUGGCGUCUUCAUGAGCAUAUUGAGAUAACGAAGCGAUCGGUCAUACAGGAAUUCACGAGCUCUUCACAGAAGCACCCCUGCAUCUCUGUGACCUGUCGGGCGGCAAGAAGACCCGGUUACUUUUAUUGGAACGUUUUUCUCAUUAUGUUUUUCAUCACCGGUCUUUCAUUUGCCACAUUUUCGGUAUCCGCCGAGCGACCAGAGAAUCGUCUCCAACUCUCCUUCACUUUAUUUCUCACCUCCGUGGCGUUCAAGUUCGUUAUUAAUCAGUCUCUCCCAAAAAUAUCGUAUCUCACUUUCAUGGAUAAAUAUGUGUUGAUGUCGCUAGCGAUUCUGUGCAAAGUGAGCGUGUGGCAUGCCAUUGUAACGCUGGUGCCGGCUUACUCGCUGCCGGACCCAAGCCUUCCCAACGCCACUGCUCUGGACUGGAGCAUCGCCUCUCUCUUACCCGACACACCGCAGGCACCCAACGUCAAGGCGUCUCACUCAACCUCACAACUUGUAGAUCUCUUUGGACAGCUGCCCAUUAUCAAUGUUUCUCUUAACUCGAACAUUAAUCCUCCAAUCCUUCUGCCUCGGUACAUGAUUCCCUCUUGGGUGAAUGAUUCCUUCACUGAGGCACUGCGUGCUGACGCGUACGCGUCUGGGACGGAUGGCGCUGACCGAGAUUUAGCGGUGCUCCAAAGGGCAAUUGACUUGACCCUCAAACGACGGCUGAAGGAGCGCCAAGACCUUCUUCGUCAGCGUCAAUCCGACCUCCAAAAACUGGAGGAAGAAAGAACGGACCUUCUAAAUAGGGUUGAGCGGGACGUGUUCAUCGUCUUUUGCAUUUUCUACAUAGCCUGCCAUCUGGUGUUCCUCUUUUCGUUUUACUUUGGAACGUGGUUGCGAAAAAGGCGUGAAAACCCCUCGGCAUCAGGACCCCAGCCAUUCAUUAAAAUUGGACCCUGUAUUUCCAGACGAGUUUAG